AACAGCUGAUCGCGCCACGCUCGGAGAAGCAAAAUGGCGUGUGGUUGGUUUGGUGGAAGGAGAGAACUCUCCGAGAAUUAUGAAGUAAGAAGAAAGUUUCGUCAUUAGUUUGCAAGUGUACAGCAUCCCUGUGUUCUGCACAGGCGCAUUAGCGACACGCUGCAACCUCUGGGUGAGGACUAUGCAGACUGGAGGCAGUUAUCCAGCAGCAGUCAGUGUGGCGUCACGGAGUUCUGUGUUGGCUUCCCACGCCCCGUCGGACGCAAGCAGGCAAAUUGGUUACAGUCUUCUCCUCCAGUGCUGACAACUGCGAAACAAAAAAAUACCUAUCUUUCAGAGGAGAAGCACUCGUCCACAGACUUGUGGAAGAAAUGAACUAACAAUUAAUUAGAAAAUAAAAGAACGCAUUUCUUCUUGGAAUUGAUCUUCAGAUAUAAUAAGUUCCAUUUCCACGGUAGCACAGAAACAGAACACAGAUAAACCAUUUGCCCCCACAGAUUAGAAAAAAAAUCUAGACUAAAGAUACAGACUAAGCGAGACGAGAGGCCAAAGAAUGAUGCUAUGAAGUAGAGGCAGUCAGUUUGGGGGACAGAACCCCCGAUACAAGGAAACUGACUUAAUUGAAGAAAAUUGAAGGCAGCCACAGACGAUCAUACGAGAAUUAGAACAUAUUACAACAGCUAUAAAAGAUAUUAUGUGAACUCAAAUAUAAGGGACAUUCCAUGAGAUCGUAAUGGAUUAAACUUAGAUAUGGGAGCAAAUACAGAUGAUCAUAAUUGAGUUAGAUUGUGACGUAAGGUCUACAGACGAUAAUUAGUGAACUGAAGAGCAGAUAUAAGGGGAACUACAGACGAUCAUAAAGGGAAAAAAGGUGAGAUAUAAGGGCAACUGCAGACGGUCACCAAGUGUGUCGGAAGUAGACAAAUGCAGAGGUGAAGAUGAGGGAGCUUCCGCUGCUCUUGCCUGGAGGAGACGAAUAUCCGUGGUCUAGCUCUCGUCUGAUACGACGGCGUCCAGGCGUCGAAGACGAUGACGGCAUAGACGUCCAGGAGGAUUCUCCCACUCCAACUCCACUCUCCCAGUACACAGCUGUGGACGGUGACGACGGAAAUGACGUCAUCGCCGAGCCGCCCCUGAGUGACCAGGAGAGGCUGUACAGCCUGGUGCUGCCGCUGGUAGCUGCUGUCGCGGUGGUACUCUUGGUGCUAGUGACGACGGUCUGGUUGAUCAGGCGCCGGAAGUCUGCAGACGGAGACGGCGCAGGGCCCAGCAUCGUAGUCUACCCGACACAUCAGGGCGGCGGCCCUCAAUUCCUUACAAAGGAGAUCCGCUUCUCCCUUCCGACGUUGCGGCAUGCUUCUUCCCUGGGUGAUUUGCUUCCCGGAGACAACGACGCAGACUCAGACCAAGAUACUGACUCGUUAGUGCCCGCCUCCGCCGCUCAUACUCAGCGCUCCAACUCAUUUAGUUGCUAUGGACUGGGGGCGAUUGAUCCUGCUUUGUAUAGAGACACUCUGGACUUGGAGGAAGAGCUUCAGUUCCCGGACGGACAUCUGGGCCGCAUCUGGUUCUCUCUGCGCUACGAGCCCGCUACAGAGAAGCUGCUUGUGUCUCUCCUGAAAGCCAAGAACCUUCCUAGCCGAACGGUGGGGACGGUGAACAGUUGUGAUCCCUUUGUAAGGCUUCAUCUAAUUCCCGAUGAAAGGCGCUACCUGCAAUCCAAACAGAAAAAGAAAACGUGCAAUCCUUACUUCGACGAGACCUUCGUGUUUCAGGUACCGUCUAAGGAGAUGAGUGACCACAUUCUGAAGCUGAGUGUGAUAGAUGCGGGCAAGACGAAACGUCGGAAUGUCAUUGGUUACGUCACAUUCCCCCUGAGGGAUUUGCCCGCAGAGAACGAGCAGACACUGUACAAGAUGGACCUAGAGAAGGAGGCACACGAGUCGAUCUCGGAUCUGGGUGAGGUUUUAGUGUCAUUGCUGUACAACGAGAAUUUGCACAGACUGUCAGUCACCGUCAUCGAGGCACGGAGGCUCAAGUUUCGCGAGCAGCGGUGCGACUCGUACGUGCGCGUGGCUCUCAGUCAGCACUACCGCACGGUCAAAGUGAAGAGGACUGCCACAGUCAAGGGCACCGACUCGCCCAACUUCUCCGAGUGCUUCAACUUCCGUGUCCCGGCCGCUCAGAUCGACGUCACAAGCAUCAGCUUCCAGGUGCUGCAGGCCGUCAGCGGCUACGGCAGAGUGUGUGGUUGUGUUCCAGAUAAACUGAUCGGCAAGUUCGUACUCGGCUCCUACAUGUUCGCACGAGGCAAGGCUCUUACCCACUGGAACUCAGCCUUCGGUAGCCCGAUGGAGCAGGUACAGCACUGGCAUGCCCUCUGUGAGUGAACGCAGCAAACACGAUCAUGUAAAUAACAAUACUCAAAUAUUUAUAAAUAUAUAUAUUUAAUCAGAAUGAAUUAUCCUCAGAGAAGCAAACGAUGUGAAAGCCUGGUCCUUGUACUGUGAACCAAGUAAUAAGUCUUUUAAUAUUUUCCGUUUUAUGGUCGAGGUUGUUCUUAUUCUUUCAUUGAUAUUUUGAACAUGGAAUGUGAAUUCCUACCAUCUUUUUUUUUUAUUGCUAGUGGGGUGGGACUAAGCCCCUU